AUGUCGUCGCGCGCAAUUCGCAAACUACAGAAGCUGCGCGAACAGGAACUGCACGAAGCCGAGCAGCAAGAUGACUCAAGCGACGAUGAUGCCCCGCGUCCCACGAAAUCCAAGUUCAACGCCUUCGAUCUCCUAAAUGCCGGGAACGAUGAUGACGAUAAUGAUGAGGAGGAGCCUGAUGAGGAGCUAGCAGCGCCGGAAGUCCAAACCCCCGAGCCUACACCUGAGCCAACAACCCCCAAAAGCGCGAACAAGAAGAAAAAGAAGAAGAAGGCCAAGAAGGCACCGGCCGUUACGGAAUUAGCAAAAGGGAAAAAGGAGGCUGAACUGGAUGAGAUUGACCGAGCUCUGAAAGAUCUCGCCGUCAAGGGAUCGUCUUCGAAUGGAAAUGACCCUUCAGUCUCACUUACUUCCAGCCAAGGCGUCUCCUUCCCCAAAACUACCGACGAGCUUUUGUCGAUCGAAUCCAAAUUCCUGAAUCCAACGAAUGAAAUGCGAAGGCUAUUCGGCAAUGUUGCACUAGAAAAUUUUGACGACGAUGCAGGGUCCGGUCGCCGUCGAGAUCGAAAUCGGGAAGAAACCGUUGAUUUGGGCCGCGCUUUAACAGGGCGAUACAGCCCAGCUAGCAGGGGUCAGAGUCUAGCAGGCGUCACUUUACGACGGAAUGUACUUAUGCAAGGAAAGGAUGAAUGGCCCCGAGCUCCAAGUGGGGGACUGGGUAUGGAAGUAACAGAAAAGCUUUCUUCAGGCGAUGUACUCUACAAGAUCCUUCGCAAUGCAGCGUACACGGAUAUCCAAAACCAAUUUGAUCUCUGCGUUGAGUCUAUGGACCCUCAAAGAUUGAUUCAGCAUCUUCAGUACAAUCCCUACCACAUUUCUACUCUUCUACAGGUCUCUGAGAUUGCUAAACAUCAAGGAGACCAUGCUGUUUCUGCCGAUCUUCUGGAAAGAGCUCUUUUCAACAUCGGGCGUUCGGCGCACUCUUCCUUUGGUAGCCGGCUGAAGGAAGGCCAGGCUAGGCUUGACUUUAAACAAGGAGAAAACCGAGAACUAUGGCUUGUGGGAUGGAGAUAUAUUGCAAAUCUCGGCAUGAAAGGCACAUGGCGAACCGCUUAUGAAUGGGCCAAAUUGCUUCUGAGCCUCAAUGACACGGAUCCCUAUUGCAUCAAAUUAAUGAUCGACUCGCUUGCUCUGCGUGGCAGAGAAUACGCACAGUUCGUAGAGCUGUGCACGCAAACACGCUUUAGCCGCGACUGGGCUGAUCUUCCUAAUAUCCAAUGUUCCUUGGUCAUGGCCUACAUUCGCUUGAAGAAACCCCAAGAAACUCGGCAGCAACUCCGUCAUGCUAUGUCUCGUUACCCAUGGAUUUUCAAUAGACUGGCUCAAGAGCUGGAUCUUCAACACAUCCCCAAGCAUAUUUGGGGUAAAAUGCCCCCGACUGGAUCCCACGAACUUUUCACCGAACUCUAUAUGAAUCGAGCUAAAGACCUUUGGAACACUCCGGAGGCUGUGUCCUUGAUCAUGGAGGUUGCAGAGUCUCUCUCCGGGGAGCCUGAGCCAAUCGAACCACCCGAGAUCACUUUGGAUAUUGCUCGCCAUGUCAUUCUAUCCGACAUCCCUAGCGUAACGACCCAUCUCCCCAACCGCUUUGUGUCAGGGCGCCUCUCAGCAUCAGACCCUCUUCCUCCAUAUGAUUCAGAAGCCUUCCGUCAGCAGUCUGACCCUACCCCGUCCUACCUCUCACGGAUACCCGAAGCCGGACGCCCGCAAUGGCUCCGUGAUCUUCUGGGCCAGAUGAAUGAUGGAGGGAUUCAUUUCCCUGGCUUGGGCGCGGGGGCUGAUGGACAAGACGAGAAUGCAUCGGCUGAUGGGGACGAUGAUAAUACAGGUGGUCGGCCGCGGGGGCUAACAGGAGAUCAACAAGUUCUCGAGCAAUGGAUUCUGCAGGAUGGAUUAGAGUCUCUGCAGAUGUUCCUGACUCAGCAUGGUGUAGACCGAGGCAAUUGGGGCGAUGUCGUGGAUUAUGCCCCAUUGACUGACUAUCUGGAAGCCCUUACGGAGAUUCAACCAGACACAUCUCGACAAGGAUUGCUUCAUGGUCCUAUUCAAGAGAUCAUUGGGGAUUUUGCGGUCACUAUGCUUGAAGAUGAGCUUGAGAUGAUGCAAGAGGAAAUCUCUAAUCCUAGUGAUUUGGACUGA